CCACCAUGUUGCCUUUUUCUCCCUAACAUCUAUCAUUUUCUCUAUUAUCGAUCGAGGAAAGGGUGGAUAUGGCCACCACAAAUGGAGAAGAAAAGCCGAGCAUUGAUGAGUUGUCAAUGGAGCAGCUUUUUGAGAGCAAGGAGGUGCCCUCUUGGAGCGAUCAACUCACCUUUCGAGCCUUCUUUGUCAGCUCUAUUCUUGGUUUCUUCUUGAGUUUUAUUGUAAUGAAGCUUAAUCUCACCACUGGUAUCAUCCCCUCCCUAAAUGUCUCCGCUGGUCUUUUGGGAUUCUUUCUUGUCAAGACGUGGACAAAAAUUCUACAAAGGGCAGAUUUUCUUAUGCAACCUUUCACCCGUCAGGAAAAUACCGUCAUCCAAACAUGUGUAGUUGCUUGUGCUGGCGUUGCCUUCAGCGGUGGUUUUGGAAGUUAUUUUCUUGCAAUGAGCGAGACUGUGGCCAAUGACUUCAACGAGGCAAAUACGAAGGUUGAUACGAAGGAGCCUUCUUUCGGUUGGAUGGUAGCUUUCCUCUUCAUUGUUAGCUUCAUUGGCUUGUUCUCUGUUGUGCCAUUGAGGAAGAUAAUGAUCCUUAGGUAUAAGCUAACAUACCCAAGUGGUAUGGCUACUGCUUACCUAAUUAACAGCUUCCAUACACCACAAGGAGCCUUGCUAGCAAGGAAACAAGUCUCGUAUCUCUUCAAAUCCUUUAGCGCUAGUUUUUUGUGGUCCUUCUUCCAGUGGUUCUACACAGCAGGAGAAAAUUGUGGAUUUAAAGCCUUCCCAACAUUGGGACUAGAAGCUUACAAGGACAAAUUUUAUUUUGAUUUCUCGACAACCUACGUAGGCGUGGGAAUGCUUUGCCCUUACAUGAUAAACGCCUCAUUGCUGGUUGGCGCCCUCAUCUCCUGGGGCAUUCUCUGGCCCUACAUCGAAAGCAAGAAGGGAGACUGGUAUUCAGAGACCAUCCCCUCUACCAGCUUGAGUGGCCUCAACGGAUAUCAGGUGUUCAUAUCGAUUGCGAUGAUCCUCGGCGACGGUCUCUUCCACUUCUUUUCCGUGCUUCUCCGCACCACCUACGACAUGUACAACAAACGCCAACGGGAGAAGGAAGCCACCACUACUCCCUUCUCCGAGCUCAAUCGGACCCCGGACCCCGCCCUCAGCUUCGACGACCGUCGCCGCACCAAUGUCUUCCUCAAGGACGCCAUCCCGACCCGAGUCGCGAUCGCAGGCUACCUCAUCCUCGCCACCAUCUCCAUCAUCGCCAUCCCCCUCAUCAUCCCCCAGCUCAAAUCCUACCACAUCAUCGUCGCAUACCUCAUCGCCCCCGUCCUCGCCUUCUGCAACUGCUACGGCUGCGGCCUCACCGACUGGAACCUCGCCACCAGCUACGCCAAGCUCGCCAUCUUCAUCUUCGGCGCAUGGGUCGGUCUCGAUGACGGCGGCGUGCUCGCCGGCCUGGCCGCCUGCGGCGUCACGAUGGGCAUCGUGUCCACGGCGUCCGACCUCAUGCAGGACUUCAAGACCGGCUACCUCACGCUGGCCUCGCCCCGGUCGAUGAUCAUCAGCCAGUCCAUCGGCACGGCCAUGGGGUGCGUAAUUUCUACAUUAGUCUUCUGGAUCUUCUACAAUGCCUUCCCUCUGGGGGCGCAGGACUCCGAGUACCCGGCGCCGUAUGCGAAGGUCUACCGGGGAAUUGCGCUGCUCGGAGUCAAGGGCUUCGAUACGCUGCCCAAGAACUGCAUCAGCUUCUGCGUCGGUUUCUUCUUCCUGGCCUUCGCUAUCAAUGCGGUGAGGGAGGUGGCCAGUAAUAAAGGAUGGUGGAUAUAUAACUACGUUCCAAGUGCCAUGGGGAUGGCGAUACCCUUCUACUUGGGAUCUUCUUUUGCGAUCGAUAUGUGUGUGGGAAGUUUGAUAAUGUUUUUAUGGGAGAGGACGGACCAGCGGCAUGCCAAGGCGUUCGGGCCGGCGGUGGCGUCGGGGAUGACAUGCGGCGACGGGAUAUGGUCGCUGCCGGCGUCGCUGCUGGCCCUGUGGGACGUGCGCCCGCCCAUAUGCAUGAAGUUCUUGUCGCGAGCUGAUAAUGCUAAGGUUGACGUCUUCUUGACUGCUGGGUCCUCGACGCCUGGUUUGAGGGUUUAGUUGACUAGCAAAUUGUAAAUAGCUGUAGGUCAUCAAAAUUUGCAGUUAUACGGAAGUAUUUGUACAAAUUUUGGCACAAUAAUCUUAACUAGGAUUAGGGCUGAGGAAAAGCAUCCAUGACCGUUAAUCAUGAAGGUUGUUAUGAUCGCAGCAGAUAA